CAAGAAAGGUAAAAACAAAAUACGUAAAGAUAUUUUGCUGACAUUGCUUAUUAUAGUAAAAAUUGGGAAUAGCAGUAUCCAACCAUGGAGGCAGCAGCAAUAUAAUGCAGGGGAAAGAAAGAGAGCUGUCAGGUUAGACACACACAGAGUUCAAAGGCAGGGUCCGCCCUGCAGUAGACUGUUGGACACUCAGUUUCUGUCAGUAAAGGGGGUCCUAAUAAUAAGAAUCACUGUAAGGGACAAACUGAAUUAUGUAACAUGCCCAUAGAAGGGGAUAAAUGAAUGUUUGCUCCCUCCCUUAACUACAGCUAAUAAACAGGAUAGAAUUUUAUGCAGACAUUCAGAACUUAGCAUACUAAUUAUCUAUAAAAAUAGAGAAUAAGUGAAAAAAGCAGAAGACAAUUAUAUAUCUCUGUCUGAGCACCAUUGUUGUAACUAUGUAAAUACUCUGCUUUCAGAUAGAUACAGACAAAAAGGAAACAAAAAUGAGAAUAUUUUUGUAAGGCUUGUGAGGAUACGGGUGAUUUUUAAGCUUCUCAUUUCUUAUAGCUAUUUUGAACUGAUAUGAAAUUAAGAGGACUCUGAAUAUUCAUUUCACCCUUCAUAGUUUUGAAAGCCGUUAUCUUGUUCAGUCCUAAUAAUAAGUAUAAGCAGUGACACCAGCACUGUCCUUUGCAUUUGUCCUUUAUACAUAAAGAGAGAUGGACUUCGCUUUAGUAGGACUUUCUAGAACAUGCUUAUCUGCAUGGUUUUUGUGGUGCUCUCUCACUUUGUGGACAAGAUGAAGGUCUGGUGCCUAAGCUGGCUUUUCUCAAGGAUGGAGUUGUUGACCAUCUGAGAAAAUGUUUUCCUGUGCCCACAUGCCAUAGGGGAGGGCUGCCAUUUCAACAGGGCUAACCCACAGCCGUCAACAAUAGCUUCUAUCAGCUUUUUGUAACUGUGUUCCUCUGAUGGAAAGCUCCAGGGCAGCUACAUCAUUUCCUUCCUCUUUUGUGCUCAAGGCUCACCCUGCUCAAGAAGCCCUGGCUGCAUUUCCCAGAAGUUCUUUCAUCAGCCAAUAGAACCUAUGACCUUGUACCAUCCUUCAUGUUGCCCUUGCUGUCGGUAGGCUCUUGUUUAUCCUUCCAUCUUUUCUUUGUGAAAUAUCACUCAGAGAUUUGUCCAUAGGAGUGAUGAAAGAGCUUCCUCCAUUUAUGUCUUGACUGCUUAGUAUUCCAUAAACAAAUGUAGUUUGUUUAACCAGUCUCCUAGAGGUUUCCUUUAUUUGUAAACUUUUGCUUUCACAAUGUUGCAUUGAAUGCUUCUGUAUUUUCAUCACGAUGUGUGUGAUGCGCACCUGUCAGUGUAGGAUAAACUCCUAGAAGUGGAACUGCUGGGUCAAAGGGGAUGUGCAUGGAAAAUUUUGUUAGCUGUUGCCCUCAAGCCUCUCCACACCAGCACUGUGAACACAUUUCCCCAAAACCUUGGCAACAUAAGGAGUUCUUCUACUUUUUGAUAUUUGCCAAUCUGAUACAUUCCACCAUUGAUCUGGGGGAAAAGUGGACACAUCCAGACAGCCUUGUAUGGGAAGAUGGGAAGGGUGAGGUCGCCACAUCCUUACGGGCACCGAAAGUUCAUCACUAUGUCUGAUGGAGCCACUUCUACAUUCGACCUCUUCGAGCCCUUGGCGGAGCACUGUGUUGGAGAUGAUAUCACUAUGGUCAUCUGUCCUGGAAUUGCCAAUCACAGCGAGAAGCAGUACAUCCGCACUUUCGUUGACUACGCCCAGAAAAAUGGCUAUCGGUGCGCCGUGCUGAACCACCUAGGUGCCCUGCCCAACAUUGAACUGACCUCGCCACGCAUGUUCACCUAUGGCUGCACGUGGGAAUUUGGAGCCAUGGUGAACUACAUCAAGAAGACAUAUCCCCUGACCCAGCUGGUCGUCGUGGGCUUCAGCCUGGGUGGUAACAUCGUGUGCAAAUACUUGGGAGAGACUCAGGCAAACCAAGAGAAGGUCCUGUGCUGCGUCAGUGUGUGCCAGGGGUACAGUGCACUGAGGGCCCAGGAAACCUUCAUGCAAUGGGACCAGUGCCGGCGGUUCUACAACUUCCUCAUGGCCGACAACAUGAAGAAGAUCAUCCUCUCGCACAGGCAAGCUCUUUUUGGAGACCACGUUAAGAAACCCCAGAGCCUGGAGGACACGGACUUGAGCCGGCUCUACACAGCAACAUCCCUGAUGCAGAUCGAUGACAAUGUGAUGAGGAAGUUUCAUGGCUAUAACUCCCUGAAGGAAUACUAUGAGGAAGAAAGUUGCAUGCGGUACCUGCACAGGAUUUAUGUUCCUCUCAUGCUAGUUAAUGCAGCUGACGAUCCGUUGGUGCAUGAAAGUCUUCUAACCAUUCCAAAAUCUCUUUCAGAGAAACGAGAGAACGUCAUGUUUGUGCUGCCUCUGCAUGGGGGCCACUUGGGCUUCUUUGAGGGCUCUGUGCUGUUCCCCGAGCCCCUGACAUGGAUGGAUAAGCUGGUGGUGGAGUACGCCAACGCCAUUUGCCAAUGGGAGCGUAACAAGUCACAGUGCUCUGACACGGAGCAGGUGGAGGCUGACCUGGAGUGAGGCCUCCGGACUCUGGCAUGCUCCAGCAGCCCUCCUCUGGAAGCUGCGUCCCCUCACCCCCUGUUUCAGGUCUCCCAUCUCCCUCAGUGACCUGGAUCUGACCUCACACCAUCAGCAGGGGGCACCCACCAUGCACACCUGUCUCGGAGUAGGCAGCUCUUCCUGGGAGCUCCAGGCUAUUUUUGUGCUUAGUUACUGGUUUUCUCCAUUGCAUUGUUAGUCAUGGUGACAAGUGACAGAGUUCUUGCCCUCUGUCCAGUUUCAGCAUCUGGUUGCUUUUAAGCCAAGUACAUCUAGUUUGCCUAUUAAAAAUGUGUCUGAAUAGCAAUUUUGCUUUGCCACCAAAAGGCUUUUCCCUGAGAACAGUGAAGGGUGUAUGUCAUUUUGUGGUGGUUUGUAUGUGUCCUUACGUAGACCUUAAAAAGAGCUCACCCUUCCAGGCCAAUGCUGAAGACACAGCUCAGCUUGGAAGCCUGAGAAGCCAGGCUUCCUAGGCCAGAGUGUGGCUUCUUAAAUGGCAAAGGAAAUUCCUUUGAGUCACAAGCCAAGUUUUCACCCUGUCUUCUAAGAUCAUUUCCCUACACUUUGCUGCUGCUGAGAGUUACAUGGGGCACUUGUUAAAAAUUCAGCCUCCCAGGUCCCUCCCCUCGGAAAGGCUGAUUCACUGGGUCUGGGAAGGAGCCUGGGGAUUUUAAUUUUUGACAAGUGCCCCAGAUGAUUCUCAUCACCAAGCAAAUUUUGGAAAUGCUGUUCAACAGCGCCCUUGAAUUGGAAACAUCUUCAUAGCUCAUUUUAUUGAAAUUCAUAAUCAAUCAGGGGUAUCCCCUAGCUCCCAUGGUCUCCAGAGCAGCAAGGCCAGCUAUGGAGCUGCCAUCGUGUGACCACAGUGUGAUGUCUCAGAAGGGCUCUGGGUGGGCUGAGCAUCUGGGCUGUGCCCUGGCUCAGCUUUUCACCCUCAACAAAGUCCCUGUGGACUUCAAUUUCUUCACCUCUAAAAUGGAGGACUUGGACCAGGUAGAUUGCUGAGCUCACUACCAGGUUCAAAGUUCAAUGACAAACUCAGUUUACUGAGGUUUGAGAGAACAUCCCUCCAGGGGAGCCUGGGAGCUGCUCUCCCAGUCUAAGCAUGUAGAUAUCAUCUUUUGCCUUUUGUGUGUGUGUGUGUCCCUUAUUUGAUAAAAAGAUGUUUUG